AAAUAGGGGUGGUGGCUGCAGGCGGCAGCAAGCACCACCAUGCUCACCCUAGAGGCUGCACAGCUUGACGGGCCACACUUCAGCUGUCUGUACCCGGAUGGGGUCUUCUACGAUCUGGACAGCUGCAAGCACUCCAGCUACCCCGACUCAGAGGGGGCGCCUGACCUGUGGAGCUAUGGCCUCAGUCCUGCCGUCCCAGGCGCCUCCUAUGAAACCUUCGACCCGGCUGUGGCCACCUUCGGCCAACCCCAGGGUGUCCAGCUUUGCUACGGCCCCUCAACCUACAGCCCCGUGGGGAGCCUGGACCCAGCCCCCAGCCUGGAGGCCCCGGGACCUGGCUUCCCGGCGUACCCCACGGAAGACUUCCCAAGCCAGACCCUGGGCCCCCCGGCGUACGCCCCCUACCCCAGCCCUGUGCUCUCAGAGGAGGAGGACCUCCUGUUGGACAGUCCCGCCCUGGAGGUCUCAGACAGCGAGUCGGAUGAGGUCCUCGUGGCUGGCCCGGAAGGCAGGGGAUCCGAGGCAGGGGCCCGCAAGAAGCUGCGCCUGUACCAGUUCCUGCUGGGGCUGCUGACGCGCGGAGACAUGCGCGAGUGCGUGUGGUGGGUGGAGCCGGGCGCCGGUGUCUUCCAAUUCUCCUCGAAGCACAAGGAGCUCCUGGCGCGCCGCUGGGGCCAGCAGAAGGGCAACCGCAAGCGCAUGACCUACCAGAAGCUGGCGCGCGCCCUGCGCAACUACGCCAAGACCGGCGAGAUCCGCAAGGUCAAGCGCAAGCUCACCUACCAGUUUGACAGUGCGCUGCUGCCCGCCGCCCGCCGGGCCUGAGCCCGGGGCGGCCUCUCGGGGGCCCUCAGGGGCUCCACGCCUGUGUCACGUGGGCGUCCCCGCACCCUGGGUCAUAGGACCCAUGGACCCCCGACACUGGUGCGGGGGGCGGGCUGCUGCCACAAUCCCUAAGCCCAGCCCGGGGCCCCUCUGGGAUCCCCCCCUAUCGUGUCUGGGGCCCCUUUGGGAUUCCCUUGUCAUGUCCAGGGGCCCCAAGAUCUUCAUGUCUUGGGUCAGAAGACCCGGAGUCGACUAUACUACGUGUCUGUGUAGAGGGGCGGGACAGGGCAAAGUGCUUCCAGAAUUCCAGGAACUUCUCUGGGAUCCCCUUGUGAUGCCUGCAAUCCCUCAAAUCUCAUCUAGGGGAGGGUGAACCUAGAGAUCAUCACACCAGAUGGAGGGCUCUGCCUGCAACCCUAACCCCUGUCCAGGGUCUCUCUGGGAUCCCCUCUCAGGUCUGAGUCCCUCCUGUCAAAUCUGAGAUCUCCUAGUUAUGUCUGGGUCCCUGGGGGUGGGGUUGGGGGGACCGUUUGCAUGCGUGUCUCUAAGCCCAUCUGUGACUCUCUCGUUCUAUCUGUGCCUCCAAAUUCCUUUGUCAUCUUUGAGAUCCCCUAAUUCUCUGGAACCACCCUGCUGUCACUUUUUAAUGUCCGAAAAUCUCCAAUCACAUGAUGGGUGCCUCUGGGAUCCUUUUGUCAUGUCUGAAAACACCAUUGUCAGGUUUGAGGGGGUAGACCUCAGUGAACCUUAUGUCUGGGCAAUGUCGUCUGGGAUGCCCUUGUUUGUCUGGAAUCCUCUGAUCACCUCUGAGGCCCUUUUGGGAUCCUCAUCUGAUACGCCCCUUUGGGGACCCCACCAACAGCCCUUGAGUUCUCAUGGGGACCCUCCCUCUCCGGGGAUACCCUCCUUAAGGCCAUACUGGGGAUCAUUCUGGCCACUCCUUGAUUUCUGUGUGACCUUGGCAAACCCCCCAUGUCGGUUCUAACCAGAGACUUUGUGCAGUCCAUCAGCAGGUGGACCAGCUUUUCUGUGUGGAGAGGCUGGAAAAGGGUGGCGGCCAUGUCUAAUGGGGAAUAUGUUUUCCGAUCUCAAGUCCCCAUCGCCCCUGGCUGUCAUACCCCGGUGGCUUGUUUCAGUCGUCCAUUGACCCCAACCAUUUUUGUGUGAAUCCAGCAUUGAGCUGAAGCCCAGAUGAGCUCUGAUUGGAACCCAUGGGGGUGUCACAGGCUGUGGGCUAAGAAGCCAGAGUCCCUAGUCCUUGAGCCUGAGCGACUGGGGGAUCUAGGGUGACCAGAAAGACUUGCUGCUUCUGGGCCAGUUUGGCCCUUCUGUGGAAAGGGAGAGAAGGAGGAAGAUCUCGGAAGUCCUUUGCAGCCCUGUCAAGCCUUUGACGCAUCACCUGAAAUCUACCCAUCCACCCACUGAUGGCCAGAAGGAAGACAGGAAGGAACAUCAAGGACCCAGAGAAAGAAGAGGUCCUUGAAGGGGGCACACAGUGGCUGAUAGCAGAGCCCGGGGCUGGGAGCGCCCCCUCCGGGGAGGGGUGCGGCUGGGUGGGAGGGGCGUUGCCAGGGACAAAGUGUCUUAUGGGGGCCUCCUCUUGCAAAUGAGGUACCUUUUGCAAAAACUAUCAUUACCCCAAGUGUGGUAUAAAAUAAAAUACAUCAAGGUAGACAGACCUCUUGGGACCCUUUGUCAAGGACUGUGAUGCUGCCCAUCCACCAAGGCCUGCUGAUCCUCAGAGACACCGGGGCAGCGUCGGGGGAGAUAAGAGGAGAUGCAAGAAGCAAUUAGAGUCAGACCAGACUGAGCCUUGAAGGCCGCGGCAAGGGCUUGAAAUGCAGGCACUGGUGGUUCGAUUCAAUUUUUGUCUCCGACU